AGAUCUUUGAGGUCACUCCUGCAUUUCAUAUACUUGAGAUAAAGAAUCAAAUGGAGAUAUUUAGAAUAUCAAAAGAUGAAAAUGGUCUAAGACCUGGUCUUCAAGAUGGUGGUUGGGUUUGGCAAGGAGAGUAUAAACAUUUGGAUCCAAAAUAG